AACAUAAUGGUAGAAGUGGUGGGUAUUAAAUUUCGGGAUCCCAACAUGGGAGAAGGAACGGGUGUUGUCUGAGCUAAUCACAACCAGGGUUGUUGAAUCGAUCCCUCAGUUUCAGCAAUCCAUUUAUGUCCACCAUUUGUCUUUUUUAUGGAGAAUCGUCUCCUUCCUUUUCUCUAUUUAUUUCUGUAUACAGAAUCCUCUCUUAUUAUCGCUGUUACAAGCAGCGAUCAUUACAACCCAUUUCUCCAAUUGGAGUCUGCAUUUCAUCAACCCAAUCUCCCCUAUGAAUUUUCAGAGCGACAAGUUGAGAACUGAAUACUUGAGAAAGAGAGGGAGAGGGAAAUGCUGCUUGAUGUAUUAACAAAGAUAUAAGCAAUGGAUUCUUGGAAAGGGAGGCACUGUCACCUUGGGGAGUCUUGUCUUCACCAAUCACCUCUAACUUUUGUGGAAGCUGUAGGAACACGGGGUGCUGAAUUCUAUGUCAAUUGAUCUAGGUAGCAUGGAUGUUUUGGGGUGAAUCCCAGGAUAGCAAGGCAGUAUGAGACGAUCGUGACUCUUGUCCGGGUUACCUGUAAUUUAAUUUAGAAUAAGGAAAAUGCAAUCGGAUCUUGGAAAAGUGUUCAUUGGAGGAAUUUCUCGGGACACAGAUGGAGAAUGUUUGAAGGAGUAUUUUAGUUGUUAUGGGGAAGUUUUAGAAGCAGUAAGUGUGAGGGACCGAAGCACAGGUCGCGCUCGUGGUUUUGGUUUCGUUGUCUUUGCUGACCCUGCAGCGGCACAGAGAGUACUUCAGGAGAAACACAUCAUUGAUGGCCGAAUGGUGGAGGCAAAGAAGGCUGUUCCAAGGGAUGACCAGAGCACAAUGAGUAGAAGCAGUGGUAGCAUUCAGGGUUCUCCUGGUCCAGGGCGCACAAGGAAGAUAUUUGUUGGAGGCUUAGCUUCCACAGUCACAGAGAGUGACUUCAAGAUGUAUUUUGAUCAGUUUGGGACCAUCACGGAUGUCGCAGUGAUGUAUGAUCACAACACUCGGAGACCAAGAGGCUUUGGAUUCAUCACCUAUGAUUCUGAGGACGCAGUGGACAAAGUUUUACUUAAAACGUUCCAUGAGCUGAAUGGUAAACUGGUUGAGGUCAAGCGAGCGGUCCCCAAAGAGAUGUCACCAGGCCCUACCCAAAGUCCACUUGGUGGAUAUAACUAUGGGUUGGCUAGGAAUAACUUCCUAAAUGGCUACAGUCAAGGGUACUCUCCAAGUACAGUUGGACGUUAUGGUCUUAGAAUGGAUAGCAGAUUCAGUCCAAUCACUGGUGGUCGAAGUGGGUUUGCUCCAUUUGGUUCUGGUUAUGGAAUGGGUUUGAACUUUGAACCAAGGUUGAGCCCAAAUUUCGGGGUUACAGCAAGUUUCAAUAGUACUUUGAGCUAUGGACCGGGAUUGGACCCUUAUCUUAUCGGUAAUUCAAAUAGGUCUAGCAUUCCUGUUGGGUAUGAUGGUUGGAAUGGACGGAACACUUCGUUUUUUAGCUCAGGGACUCGGAAUUUGUGGGAAAACGGAGGUAUUAAUCACGGAACAAGCUCAACUCCUUCAAGUCCCUAUGGGGUUUCCGGAAGUGGAACUGUGGGGGGAACCUUUUCCAACAAUUGGGUCAAUUGGGGAUCUUCUCCAAUUUCACCUGAGGGUGGAAGUAAUGCAGCUAGUCAUGGUAGAAAUAUUGGUUAUGGAGGUGGCGACAAUAACUAUGGUUUGGGCGGGGGAGGGUAUGGAAGAAAUAUUGUGACUAGUGGAGCCCGCUCACCAUUUGAAGUAGAGGGUUUGUUCAAACAAGAAGGGUCAAGCUCAAACACUUACUUUUCUAGUUAGAGGUGGCGAUAGCAACUAUCGUUUUGGAGGGAGAGGUUAUGGAGGAAGUACUGCAAAAUCGGCCCCGCUUAUUCUCGAGUGUUGCAUCAAAUUAUGGUGAUGCUGAGUUUUGGAGACUUUUUGCGUUGGUAAUUCAGGUAAUGAGGACCCUCCAACAAACGUGGCGUUUGACACACUCUGAGAGACAGGAAUCUGGUUCUUUUGGAUUUGGGACCAGCAAUGGAACUUCGCAUCUUCCUGUCAACAGUUUUCCCGGUUAUGUUGGUGUUUAUAGUUUUACCAACAGACUAAGAGAGACAAAUAGCGGUGAAGUACCACAUCAUAAUUUGUUUUUAUUCUUUUCUAAAGUGCAGAACUUUAGUGAACAUACAUACUCAAAGAAGAAAUUUUGCAGAACAUGUAGUGUACAAUUAUUGGAGGAUAUGUUUAAAUAUGAGAUGAAUAUGAUAUUAUGAGAAGAAAAUGAUUGAGAGUUU